GGGGCGUGGCCAGGCGAUGGCGACCGCGGAGCCCAGCGAGCCUGCGGCGAGGGCGUCUGUCCCGGCACCCCGGCCCAGCGGGACCGGCGCUGCAGGGCCGCCCACCGAGCGAAGCGGCAUUGGAGUCCCCUGGCUGGGGAAGCGGACCCCGGCGGCUGUGGAGAAGCGGGGGCCGUACAUGGUGGCGCGCGCGCCUUCCAGUCAGGCCAAGCUGCAGAAGCACCGGGACCUGGCUAAGGCAGUUCUGCGGAGAAAAGGCAUGCUGGGGGCCGCGCCGAACCGCCCCGACUCUUCAGGGAAAAGGUCAGUGAAGUUUAACAAGGGCUAUACUGCUCUUAGUCAGAGUCCAGAUGAAAACCUGGUGUCCCUCGACUCUGACAGUGAUGGGGAGCUGGAAUCCAGAUACUCCUCCGGGUAUUCCUCUGCAGAGCAGGUGAACCAGGAUGUGAGCCGGCAGCUGCUCCAGGAUGGGUACCACCUGGAUGAGAUUCCAGAUGAUGAGGACUUGGACCUCAUUCCCCCCAAGCCUAUGACUUCCUCCACAUGCUCCUGCUGCUGGUGCUGUCUUAGGGAUGCUUCCUCCUGUACCCUCCAGUAGACAUAACCCCCUAAGAUGGGCCCUGCUCACCAUGACUGCAGAGUCCUGUUGGCCCUUCAUUGGUCACAGAGUGAAGUGGGAACUGCUGUCAAGCCCAGAAUCACUGGAGACACUGACCCUCUGGGAAAGUCAGUGACCGCAGUUACCCCAUACCUGGUGCUUCUCAGGCCAGAGGCCCCCAUCUGGGCCACAGGGGAUAGGUGGGAUUCUGCAGUUUUCCUCUGCUGUUGGAAUGGUUGGAGAAACCACUUUAAUAAGGGAAGGAACAGAGGAAUUCUGGUUCUUAUGGUGAGUGACAAAGUUGGCUAAGAGAAAAACUUGCAGACAUCUUUGUCACCAUGCCGUAUGGAGGGGAAAGGAGAGCUCCUGCGCCCAGGUUGUGCUGGAUAUGUUGUGUGGAGGCAGAGAACAGCACUUUAUGGCUUGCAGCUGGGAGUCUCUGAAAAAGAAUUUAACUAUUUGGGACCAAUCCAGUUCAAGAAAUUCCAUAUGCUCUCCUCCUCUUCCUAGCUCCAAGAUGGGUUACCUAUUUGACCUUCAAGAGAACAUAAAGCAGGGCCCUUUGAAGGCCCUCUUCCAGUUGUUGCUGUUUGACUGUUCAGCAGGUUGCUUAAUGGCACAACCUGAUCAAGGCUUCCAGAAUCCCUGGAAGCACAGCAUUCCCAUCUGGUCCAACUGUCUGGGUGAGCUUAGUAACUUGGUCCGUCCAUCCUUAGAGAAAAACUGCUCUACUGUGUAGACAAAAUUUGUCUUUCCUUGGUUGCCAUUCUUCACCUUGGUCUUAGCUAGUAUCUUCACCCAGUCCUUGAGCUAAGGUUGGGUGAAGGUUCUGGAGCUCGCCCCGGAAGCCUGCACUUUUUGCUUACCAGCAGAGGGAGCUGCAGGAGUAGUUAGGUGCCUUCCCAUUUGUUUAACUUUAUAUUUUCCCCCACCCCCGCCGCACUGCGGCUUGUGGCAGUGUUGGUUCCCCGUCCAGGGAGGGAUGAAACCCAGGCCCCUGCAGUGGAAGCGCGGAGUCCUAACCACUGGACCGCCAGGGAAUUACCCUAUUUAACUUUUUACACUUGAGUAGCAGCAAUGGGUGAAAAGUAUACUGGUGCAGAUAUGUGGGCUUUGACAGAGACAGAGACUCACAGACAGGAUGAGGAGGAGGGACCUGGGAAAGCUCCCACGCC